UAAAAGCAUCUUCUGUGACAAAAUGUACUGCUUUAUUUUUUAUUGUGUAACGUUAACAUAUGUAGAUAAGUUUUUGACUUUUUUCUUUGACUUCUGUCUGUUCGAAAACUUUUUUUGAUACGCUUUAGUCAUGAUAAAGUAUUAAAAAAUACGAGGUCAUUGAGUGUCAAUUCAUAUUAAUCGACUGGGACAAUGAACUAUAGAGGGCGAUUGGGCUUUCUCAUACUUCUUUCUUUGGGAGUGGACAAGGUUACUCUACGAGAUGUUGAAACGACAGCAUAUUAUUGUUAUGGGGACAGCUGCAAUUUGAACCGAACAGACCAAUACUGCGACAUGGCGUUUAGAUUUUGUCGACGAUGUUCUGAUAUCCAGGACGACUGUUUCUCUGCAUUCCACGUGAAUAACUGCUCGGCGUUCUGUUAUGACCUACGACACAGGCGAGAUCAGGAAAAGGAACGAGUCGCAGGGUGCCGAGUUCCUACCCCUCCUGCAAAUGGAAGCUACGGUACUAUGUUGAGUAAGGUACCUUACAACACCACAUUGAGGGCAUCCUGUUACUAUGGUUACCGAUUGUCUUGCAGCACAGCUCUCCAGUGCGGAGAUUAUGGUAUUUGGCGUGGGACCCUUCCAGAGUGUAAAGAGAUAACCUGUCUUGCGCUGCCCGAAGUAUUCAAUGGCCGAUGACAACUGAACGUCCAAAUCAAUAAACAUCCUCCAGGCACGACCGCAACCUAACAUUGCGAGAAAGGAUUCAGUUUUCACGGAAAACAGAGUAGGACUUGUUCCUUGGAUGGAGAAUGGACUUCCAACGUUAUUUUCCCGCUUGCCUACCGAAUGAAAGCACUUCUGGUAUCUCAUAUACUAACACAUGUACUUGUAGAAAGUUUACUUGAACAAAAGUCAGGGAUUUUCCCUUACUAUCGAAGGGAGUGUUAAAAAAAUAUAUUCCAGGGAUAUUGUCAGCGAUGCUCAAGAAAACAUGAAAUACACUUUCUGGUACUUAACAUUAUUACAACCAUGUGUUUACAUGUGUUCAUUUUGUCAACAUGUACUCAGGGUGCAGGAUCACGUGACUUCGUUGGUUUCCCAAUUAAACUUUAAUAGAAUUAUAAACACACCGGUAAGUGCUGCUUUUUUCCGAAUCACUUUUUAAAACAAUUUUUCUUAAGAAUUUCAAUAAGUGCAAAAGACAGAUUUUUAAGCUGCUUAUGGCAAUGUGAAAUACAACAGAAUUACUUUAUUUAUUAAGUAUGUGUUCUUGUUCAACAAUUCCAUACAUACUGCACGAUUUUGCUUCACGCAACAUGAACUCUGAUCACCGAUUUCAGACGUAUUCAAGGAUUUAUUCUUAUACCUUAAGAUAUCGGCAAAAGCUGCAAGAAAAACUGUCUUUUAUACACUAAAGAUUUUUGCAAAUGUAUUUCAAUAACUUGAGAUAUUUGCAAAAAAUAAAGUUCUUAACGUUGUGUUUACAUUCUGUCAAGCCCGUGUGUAAAGCCCUGAAAACCCCGAUUGUGCACCUUGGUACUUGCAAGUGCUGACGCAUUUUACAACAUUCACGUGCAUUGUAGGACAUAGCGCAGUGACGAUAGGUCUUGCAGUAACUCUCUCCGCUGUUAUUGUUGUUUGUUUCGUUACGCUGUUGGUAGGGAUCAGAAAGCGUAAGAAAAAGAAGCGAACGCUUCGUAGAAGACAUUCGACACUAGAGGAAACGAAUAUGCUUAAAGACGGUAAUAAUUCCAUACUUUAAACUAAAAUCAUCAUCUAUCCAUACAUAAUGCUUUCUGUGCCCAAUUGAUUAAUUGUUGUGAUUAUGUGAUAUUCGUGUGAAUUGCAUUUAAUUAAGUGUAAUUAUAACUAAUCCAUGUUAUACAUUAAGCGCUUAAAAGAGGCAUAUAGAAUUUCAAUCAUCCACUUAGUCCAACAAACUUAUAUUAUUAUGUCCCACCUUGUUUCGGA